UGUAGCAUUUAUCUGUGUCCUCUCAGCUGUCCUCAGACAUGGCAGGUGCAGAGCUGAUGAAAACUCUCCUGUAUACCAUUAAUAAUGUGCUGCAGCAGGAGAAGUACAAAGCAGCUUUGGCAGUUUUGAAAGGAUUCAGAAACGGAGCCGUAUAUGGGGCCAAAAUCAGAGCCCCCCAUGCCCUUGUAAUGACAUUCCUGUUUAGAAGUGGCAGUUUGAAGGACAAACUAAAAGCCAUUUUGAAUGCCACAUACACCCACUCCCGAAACCUGGCGUACUUUGUGUUUACGUACAAAGGACUGCAAGCGUUACAGGAGAAGAUCCAAGGGAAGAGUCUGCCAUCUCAGUCCUUCCUGGCUGCGUGCAUUGGAGGAUGGUUAGUGUUUGGGGAGAACAACAACAUCAACAGCCAGAUCAACAUGUACUUGCUGUCUAGGAUCCUGUUUGCCCUGUCUCGGCUGGCAGUAGAGAAAGGAUAUAUCCCCCAGCCUAAGCACGACCCUUUCCCGAUGUUUGCCACCCUGGUGUGGGGAAUCGUCCUGUGGCUGUUUGAGUACCACCCGCACACCCUGCAGCCCUCUCUGCAGUCCUCGAUGAACUAUCUGUACCAUGACAGCAACGUGUGGCAUGAUAUCUCAGACUUCCUCAUUUUUAAUAAGCCAAGAACUGUUGCACAAGAAUGAACCCUUGAAUUUAUAUAGGCUAUAUAUAUUUUCUGUACGGACCAGCUCUCUAUAGCACCCUUAAGAAAAUAAUCCCAUUAUUUUUUUAAUGAUUUUAAGUGAUUUUAUUUCAAAUAUUUUGAAUGUUAAUAUAUUCUAUUGCCAGAAUGUAGUUUGCAAAUUUAUAUUAUGAAUUAAUGUGUCAUUGAAAAGUGUGGUAGGUGGUACUCAACCCAUAAAAGGGUGGGGAAGUCAUGUGAAUGCUCACAUGGUGCUGUCCGUUAAAAUCCUCGCUGUCAUGGGAAAAGGAUGUUGAAUGUGGCACAUGGUAGUCUACACUUUCCCUGGACCAACAGUCACAAUGGCAGGGACAUGAGACCAGGGUACACCCUGGGAAGUAGAUAUGACUAAAGAAAACAUUUUUUAAAAAAUUAAAAAAUGAUUAUUUGUUUUGUGUAAGUGUUCAGGCCCUUUGCUAUGACACUCCAAAUUAACCUCAGAUACAUCCUGUUUCCCUCGGUCAUACUUGAAAUAUCUGUAGGUAUUGAUCGUGGUUCACCUGUGCAAAAAUUAAUUUGAUUUGACGCAAUUUAGAAGAGCAAACAGCUGUUAAUAUAAAGUGCCACACUUCACUGUGCAAACCAGGCUUUCACAGUGUGAUAAGGACUUCCAAGUGCUUCAGGAUAUGAGCGAGUUGUAACGAUGACUUUGCCUAAUAUAUGCAAUAAUCAAGCAUUAUACCUCACAUAUCCACUCAGUGUCCACUUUAUCAGGUCCAGCUGUACAAUCUACUACAAUGCAACAGCUCUGCCAUAUAUUCUACCUUUUAUAGUCUUCAGUUUUUGUUGACAUUGUUGAGAAUGUAUAAAUUUAAUUCUAUGUUUAUUAUUCAGGUUGCAGUUUGAAGAGUUCCUAUACUGGACUACAUUAAAUUGAGAGGUGUUUCAAUUUUUUUGUCCUUCCUCUUCCUAUUUAUGAGGGGGACAGAAUAUUGGAAACACCUCAAUAAAAUGCAGUCCAGUACAACAGCCGCACAAACUAUGAGCUCAAUGCCAAACAUAUAAGUGAAUGAACACUUCUCUUAUUGUGACAACAAGAAACUUUAAACUUGAUGGCAGAAUAGUUGCAUUGGAUUGUAUUAGAUUGUGCAGGUGGAGCCAAUAAAGUGGUCACUGACUGUGUUUGGGUCAAGUGCGUUUUGGCAUUAAAGCUGUUAAAGUGUUGAAAGUGUGUUGUAACAUUGUUUUUUAUUUGUCUUGGAUUCAUAACCUUUUUGUGGUGGUGCUGAAAUUCCCAUGCACAGCUGUGCUUUUCCACAGAAUUUCACUCCCAGCUAAAAUGAAAAUGCGUUUUUUAUCACGGCGUGGCUUGUUGCCGUGCUAGAAACACGUCAGCUUUGUCAACUGUUAGUCAUAUUCCUUGGAUUUUGUUUGAUUUGCAUAUAUGACAUCACUUGUUUUCAUGUCAUUUUUACAUGAUUAUUAUUACAUGAUUAUUAUUAUCUUGUUGGAUUAUUUGUGAUUGCUACUGAAGAACGGUUGGCCUUGAUAAUCAAAAAAUAAAAAGUUCAAUGCAGUGUCUAUCAGCCUCA